AUGGCCCCUUUUCAGACCAAUAAGGAACUCAUUUCUGCAGGAAUAAAGCAAUUUAAUGUUCUGCUGAAUCAGCAGGUCUUUAGUGACCCUCUUAUCCCUGAAGAAAGCAUGGUGACUGUGGUGGAUGACUGGGUGAACUUGUACAUCAACUAUUACAAGAAUCACGUGCUUGGGGAGCAGCAGGAACAAGACAAGGCUCUGCAAGAACUCCAGCAGGAGCUGAAUACUUUGGGCAGCCAAUUUUUGACCAAAUAUGGGACCUAUCUGAAGUCCCGAGAGCCCUCAAACAGUGAACUGCCUUCCUCAUAGCCUAAAGGCUCACGAUGUCACGUCUAAGAACCCUCAAGCCUUCAGGCUGUUCCAUGGUCUUACAUUGUACCUUGACAUCUCAAUAAAGACCAAUACUAAUUUGUUGA